UGGACGGUAACGGGACAAAACUGACAAACCCCAAACUGAUAGUAGAAGAAAUUGCGACAUUUUACGGUGCCCUGUAUAAUUUAUCGGAGGACCCCCUACAACACCAGCUGACCCCUCUGGAGAUAGCCGCCUACUUAGACAGAGUGGAGCUCCCCCAGCUCUCCAGCGACCAAGCCUCUCUACUCAGUAGCAAAAUCACUCCAGAGGAAAUCUCCAAAGCACUUAGGGAAACCCCCCGACACAAAGCCCAGGGACCGGAUGGUUUCUCCACCCACUACUACAAAGUCUUUGCCGACCAACUCCUUCCACACAUGACCUCCCUGUUCAACAACAUCAUGGA